CCCAACCCAGUCGGCCCACGCAGAAAAGCAAAAAAAAGCGUACCCGUAUUUCCAAAAUUCCAUUCCCGCGUUUCAGAAAUGGAAGCAGACACCUGGGAAGCUCUAGACCUCGACGACUCUGACCUACCUUCCCUCAUCCGCCCUUGCAAACGCAAACCCCAACCAACCCCUAAAAAGGAUCUUCAACCCGUAAUCCCAAUCCCAAACCAAACCUCUCCGAGCCUCAUCCCUGGCCCUGCCGGAGCUGUUCAAGCCGCAAUGCUUCGAAAACUUCAGAAAAGAAACGACCCCUUUUGCAUUGACGAAGAGACCCUCUCUACCCAGGAGUAUAUUAGGAGGGCCGUAGAGGAUCCUUGCGCCGACGACGAUGAUUUCUCGCGUGAUCCCUGGCUUUUCGCCCUCGAAUUUAUUCGCCGUGAAGGUUUGGGCGAUAAUGGUGGGACAAUUGGUACUCCCUUGAGUUGGAUCAAGACUGAACCUAAAAUGGGAAAUAGGAAAGUCGCUCAGGUUGUUGCCAUUAUCAAAUCCUGUACCCCGAAUGGUCUUGGUGAUCUUAUGGUGACUCUCAAGGAUCCUACUGGUACAAUUGAUGCUAGCAUACAUAACAAAGUCCUAGUUGAGGGAGGCUUUGGAAAAGACAUAUCUGUUGGCACAGUUUUGAUACUGCAGAAGGUUUCAAUUUUCUCGCCUUCGAAGUCUGCACGUUAUCUCAAUAUAACACUCAGCAAUGUUGUCAGGGCAAUCUCAAAGAGUAAUGAGCCUCUGUCACAACAGAAUCCUGCAUCAAUGGUCACACCUACUGUUCAUGGUGUUGAAAACAAUAAACAACUGGGGAACCAGCAGAAAGUGUCCACUCUGUCACAGGAGAGAAAUGAAGAAACCAUGAACAGCCUCAGACAGACUGUUUAUAUGAGAGGGAGAGUGUGUAAUGACAAAGGAAUUGAAGCAGAUGAAGCAUUGGGAAGCAGCUGCUGUAUUAAUGGGAGAAAUAGAAGUGAAAAUGCCUUUGCAGGGAAGGACCCUUCAGUGAGGCAGGAUGCUGUCAGUGGAAUGAAAAAAACAGUUGUAGCUGGCACCGAUGAACAUGAGGAAAAUAUUGUGCUGGAGAAGCAGCCCAGCCCCCGGAAUCUGGCAAGGAGAGACAAUCACCUGGAAAGCAACCAAAGCAGCGGUGGUGCAAACUUGUUUGGUGUUGCUGUCAACCUGCAGGAACAACUGAAUGUAACUAUGAAUGCAGAUAAGAAACAAAGACAGCUAUCGAUUUCAAGAGGCUCACUUCCGCAAUGGACUGAUGAACAGUUAGAUGAGUUGUGUUCAUUUGAUUGAGAUGAUGAUGGAUCAGAUUGCGUCCAUUCAUUUUGUCACACCCAUAACAUAAAGAUGGGGUCAUAUGAAUUUUGCAGUGUAUAGAUGGCAUGCUUUAGUGGCUGUGGAUUCAAUUUUUGUUAAGACAGAUGAGUGCUUCGUCAUUCAGGGUUUCUACAUCCUGCUUCCCUAUUGAUCUUCCCUUUCUUUAGUUUUGAAUUUAUUGCUCUAUUUAAAGUAAUGGAUCAAAUUGAUUAUUUUUUUAAUAUGUUUUAUUCGGUGUAUAUAGUUUCUAAUUUGAUUAAAAAAUAUCAAAAACUAUUUAUAUACAUUUGAUAAUGAUAUGGACUUUCAUUGAUGCAAAUCAGGGUUACAGAUAAAAGUUGGAUCAAAGGAUUCUACAUUGAAUUCAUUCCGCUUCCACGUUCACGUUCAAGUAUGCCCAACGUAACCGUGGCCUUAGCUGAAAUAAAAGCUUACUGUUUUUUGAAUCAAGAAAUAAAACCUUUUUAGUUUGCAGCUAAUGGCUACAAAAAAUCACUUACUUGACAAACAAAAUUCAAUUCUCAACAUCAGAGAACAGGCCACCAGUUUUAUAUAAAAUGGAAAACAUAGGAAAGAAAUGUUUAAAAGCCAGCCAGCCAGCCAUUCUUGAUCGACAUUAUUGUGUAAA